GUUCCUUCCAUGUUUCCAUCUCCUCGAUAUUGCUCCGUCCUCGGAUAUGCUGAGACCGUUGUUGCCUCCCAACCCUUACCUGCGAAGCAUAAAGCUGGAUUGCACUCGCCUCGAUGAUUCCUCGCUCGAUUUCAUCCUCCCGCCGACUUUAGAAGAGCUUUGCCUCCAUAAUUGCUCUGAUUUUAGCGGAAAGCUCCUCUCUGACGUAGGUCGUGGCUGCACAGAUCUCAGGUCUUCAUAUCUUUACUUUUUAUUUUUGGGAGUACCCUUAGUCCUGCCUCUUUCUAAUUCUACGUUAUGAAUCCGUAUCUGAAUGUAUAAAAGUUACCUUCUUUGCUUCUUCAUCAAUGGAUGUAUUUACAGCUUAAACUUUGAUUACGUUGUUGACUUAAAAUGCUAGGGCUACUCUGGUUGAUCUUAGGCUGUAUUAGUUAUUAGCUUGUUUGUCUGUUGAAUGCUGCUAUUCAGGUUUCUAUAUUUGAGUUCAGUGGCAGACAAAAGAGGGAGAUCAAUUGAUGUAUCUGAUCUUGAGGAGUUACUCAGGGGUUGCACUCAGUUGGAAGUAAGACUAUAUUGAGAAAAUGCCUUUUGGGGAAAUUCUUGACUUAACAAAUGCAACUUGAUAAUCACAUGCUCAUAUAAAAAGACGAUUCUUUCUUAUCAUUCGAAACAAAGGACAUUGCUCAAAAUCCUCAAUUCAGAAGCUCUAUUAAAAUUCCAUUUUUUCUAAUUUAUAAAUCGCAAAUGAGGAAUAGAAACCAGUGCACUAUCCUUCAAGGGAGCUGCUAAGUUAGCUUUUAUAACUCAUCAAUAUUGUAGAUUGACAGGCAACAAAUUGAAAAUACAGAAUAAAGGACCACUCUUGAAGCUCAAUUGACCAGGACAAUGCGUGCCCUCUUAAGAGAUAAUUAAUGAGUCUUAGCAGAUUUGAUAUAAGCCCAAUAGCUCGUGAUCUGGUUCAACCACUCGUUCACCCAAACCAGAGUGAUCAAAUAUCUCUUACUUUGAAUUACAAGUAUUCCUUAUUAGUCCAAAGAUAGGACUGGCCGGUUUUACUUGUCUAUGUAUCUUUCCUUUUCUUAUUCUUUAGUUCCAAAAGCUGAAUUUACCUCCACGGGCACAAUCUAGGUGUCCUGAGCAGCAGUUUCGUGUGCAUGUAGGAAUAUGAUGGUUUUUUUUAUAAUUUCAGAAUUUCUUACCAUGGCAUUUUAUUUUUGUAGACAUUGGUCCUGAUGUUUGAUGUUUCUAUAUUCUUGCGUCACGAUUUUGCUCGUGUGUGGGCUCUGGCCCCCGCCACGCUUUCUUCACUCGAAGUUGGAUACAUUUCAUCAGUCAUGCUGAUUGAACUGCUUAAUCCUCCCGUGGUUCCACAGCAAUCACUUGACCAUAUCCAACCGCCUGUGUUGCCAGGAAUACAGAAGCUAAGCCUUUCAGUGGACUAUAUCACUGAUACUAUGAUCAGUACAAUAUUUAGAAAUCUCUAUUCAUUGACCUAUUUGGACCUUCGAGAUUCACCAAUCAUGGAACCACGAGUGGCGUUCGACCUUACAAAUGCAGGCCUUCAACAGAUAAACCCACACGGAAGACUAAAGCACUUCUCCUUGAUAAGAAGCCAUGACAUUUUCCCUGCAUACUUCAGGAGAGUUAAUGAUCUGGGAUUCCUUCUCAUGGCUGACAGGUGCUCAAGCAUGGAAAGUAUCUGUCUGGGUGGUUUCUGUCAAGUCACAGAUACAGGCUUCAAGACAGUUUUACACUCAUGUGCUAAUUUAUUAAAGUUUCGAGUGUCACAUGGACCACUGUUGACUGAUCUUGUGUUUCAUGACAUUGGCGCAACUUCCUUAACUCUGACUGGGGUAAGUUUAAGGUGGUGUAAUCUUUUGACGAACUGUGUUGCUUCACUAUUGGCAUCCAACACAAACCUUAGUGUGCUUGACCUAAGGGAGUGUAAAAAUCUUGGGGAUGAAGCGCUUAGAUCCAUUGCUUCACUUUCAAAGCUGAAAGUUUUGCUUAUAGAUGGCUCAGAUAUAAGUGAUACGGGAAUUUCCCACUUAUCAAAAGGUGUGCAGAGUUCUCUUGUCUCGCUGUCUCUGCGAGGAUGCAAGAGGUUGACGGACAAAUGUAUUUAUUUUCUCUUCGAAGGGUCUUCAAACCAGGGCCUGAAAGAACUAGACUUGUCAAACAUUCCCAACUUCUCUGAUGCCGGAAUACUUUCAAUUGUGAAGAGCCGGGUCCCUAUAUUUGAGCUUAGGGUGCGGCAUUGUCCUUUGAUAGGAGAUGUCUCAGUGAUCACGUUAGCUUCAAUGAAGUUUGAUGAGGAUGACGGGUGGCAGGGAAGUAGGUUACGCCUGUUGGACCUUUAUCACUGCGGCAGCAUAACUCAACUGUCCUUCCAGUGGCUAAAGAAGCCUUACUUCCCUAGACUGAGAUGGUUGGGAGUCAAUGGAGGUGGAAACAAGGAUAUGCUGGACGCCUUGGCCCGAAACAGACCAUACUUGCAUGUGGCUUGUCGUGGGGAGGAGCUGGGUUUUGACCAGUGGGAUUCAUCUGAUGAUCUUAUGUACAUGCACGAUUAUGAUGAACUUGAUGAGAGCGAUGACGAAAUGGAAGUAGUGGCUGACUAGCUUCAAACGAUUCACAACUGGGUGUCGCUAGUUCGAAUCCCAUGAAGGCCACUAGCGGUUUACCUGAUCGUUAACUCCAGGGCCCGGGGCCAUGCAUGCAAGCUAAAAAGGUCCAAACACAUGUGCUAUAGAAAAACUGAUGUAGAUGUAUCAUGGAGUGAGAUGUCAAUUUAAAACUGUGUAUAUUUAAUUCGGGUGUUAUGUAUGUGUAUAUGUUUGCUGUUUGCAGUUAUGUUGUAUUGAAUUCAAUCCUCAACUUUGUGUGGUCAGUAUAGGGGUGGACAGGACUGGCUGGUUUCCGGUCCCCUGAAGGCCAACAUGCAGGGCACAAAAUUCUGAAAAGUUAAUUAUUUUUGCACUUGGUAUUAACCACUUUAAUUAGGG